UGCAUCUUGUAUGCACCGGCCUCGCCGCGAGCUCGCCUCACUGCUGGCAGCCCGGGGGCCGGCCGGGGGUGGGGCGCCGGGCGCGGCGCCGGCGCGGGAUGCAGCUUGGGCAGCUUAUCGGUGUAGUCGAGUCCAGCGAGCUACUCUGACUGAAGACUGGAGACGAAUUCAUUAUGGCUUCUCAUCGAAUUCGCAACCCAUUACUCCGUGCAAUACAUGAACAUAAUACAGAUGAGAGGUUCAGGAGAUCAAACUUGAGAAAAUAUUAUGACGUGGAAGCGUGGUACAGCUGUGAUACUAGCAAGCUCCCUGACUGGCUGGCAUCCAAGUUUGUACAGAGCAAUUUGGACCAGAGGACAGAGGCUUUCCUUGAUGGCUGCUACGAGAAAUCUGGUUGGAUGCUGACCCAAAUGUGGCAUAGCCUAGCCAAGUCAGCUCUUUCAUUCUUCAUGUCAACUACCUCGGUGAAUGGGUUGUUGAAGAGAGGGUCCAUGUUUGUGUUCUCCAGAGACCAAAUCCAGCAUCUCCUUGGGGUUACAGCUGACUGGAAAGCAGAAAAGGUCAUUGACCUUGGGGCAGGUGAUGGGGAGGUCACAAAGGAAGUAGACUUCAUGUUCAAAGAGGUUUAUGCCACGGAGGCAUCAUGGACUAUGCAGUGGAGGCUGUCCCAACAAGGCUGCAAAGUACUUCCCAUUGAUGGAUGGAGUUUAGAGAAGACUGGGCAUGCAUAUGAUGUGAUAAGCUGUUUGAACCUACUUGAUAGAUGUGAUCAGCCUCUGUUACUACUCAAGGAAAUGAAAGAAUCACUAUCAUCAUCGGGUGUGGUCAUCAUGGCAGUGGUGUUGCCAUUCAAGCAGUUUGUAGAACAUGGUUCAAACCAGAACAAGCCUUCUGAAGUGAUUGAGAUCCAAGGAGAGACUUGGGAGGAACAGGUCCAGCAUCUAGUCCAGGAGGUGAUCCAGCCUGCAGGAUUCCAAGUCCGAAGCUUCUCCAGGGUACCUUACCUCUGUGAGGGGGAUGCCACCGAACCCUUCUACCACCUGAAUGAUGCGCUCUUUGUUCUAGAGAGGGGUGAAGAUGCUGUAGACAGUCAACGAGAGCUGGAAAUGGAAGCUGUUCCAAGCAGUAGCUUAAGUAUAGAAUCAGAAAGAUGAUGAAUAUCACAUGAGUGUGAAGAAAACAGUACUCUUUGAAUAACAGUAUUUUUGUUUGUGUGCUCAGUGGGAGCAAUCGGAAUGGAUGCAAGAAUCUGUACCUGUGCAGAGAUGGGACAACUUGAUCUACAAGCAGUAAGUCUACUAAACCCAUUUGGUCUAAUUGCCGUUUCGUUUGCACGACUCUUGGUCUAAUACCCACUCAGUCUAAUUCUCAUUAGUUCAAUUUCCACUUCACCUUUUUAUUGAUAUUUUUUUGGCUCUGUCAAAUUCAAAUUUGGUUCAUGAACAGUUCGUCUAACCAUAUAUACACAAAGUGGAUCUUAGAUGAAAUGUGUCUAGCCUCACAGGAAAUUAUACCACAUGGUAAAUGGCAAAUGGUUUAGAUGAGCUAAACUGGUUGUACACAAAGAAAAAUUAGACCAGGUGGGUGUUUCAUAAAGCUGUUCGUAAAGUUACGAAUGACUUUACGCACGACUGGAACAUUUUCUCAGGUCAUAUCUCAAUUUACAUAGGGAUAUCACAUAGCACAAGAAGGGAUCACCAGUCGUGCGUAAAGUCAUUCGUAUCUUACGAACAGCUUUAUGAAACACCCACCAGGUUGGAUGAGACCUAAUGGAAAGUACACUAAGCAGUUGAAGACCAAGUAGCAAUAUACAAUCCAAAGUGCCUAAAUCCUUGUCAUUGUAAUAUACUGUAUGUAGAGACAAACUUGAUUUGUUUCACAACUGAAAUAUCAAAAUUUAUAAUAGGGAGUAGGCCUAUGAAAUGACUUUUCAUCACAGCUGUGAAGAACACACAUCCCAACAAGUAAUCUGCUAGUAUGUGAAUCAACUCAUGUUGUGCAUCAGGGCUGGUUUACAGUUCAAUACUUAAGCCAGAAUUUGAAGUGUUUUAUUAGGAUCUUUAGUUUUGGUACCCCCCCCCCUCCUCAAAGUGCAUGCCACCAUUCCAUUUCAUGUUUAUCCACACUUUGCCACUCUCCACCCAGGCGCUAAAUGGGUACCCGGUAGGAUGUGAAAGUCAUUGUUGCUUGUCCAGUACCGUGUGUGCCUCACUGGCGACUGAGUGGAAUACUCUGCAGGGAGUGGAGGAUAUGCUUACAUAACAUGCGGGAAUGACUGAUUGAAUCCGAUGACCGGGAUAUAUCUGUAAAGCGCUUAGACAUGUCGUUCCGAUGUAUUAAGCGCUAUCGGAUUAUUAUUAUUACUCCUGCAUCCUUGCAUGCCAUUAACACUUUUUUUCCUGAUGUGUACUCUGUUACUUAUACUUCAUCUGUAUGUUAUAAAAAGAAGAGAAGCUUAUGGAAAAUUGAAAUAAGCACAGGUGUAAAGGCAUGGUCACACUGCCCAAGCUUUCUUGGAGAGGUCGUGGAGCGGAGAGAAAAAAAUCAUCACCUCUCGCUACCGUUCACCAUUUUCGAUUUCGAUUGUUUUUUUUU